AUGUACUUCCAAGGAACGCGGCGUAGAGGAGAAGAUGGCGUCACGGUGGUCAUCAACUUCCUGCUCUCCAACGCUCGCCUGGUCCUGGGCGUGGGAGGGGCGGCCAUCUUGGGUAUUGCAACGCUAGCAGUGAAACGGCUGAUAGAGCGUGCAGGCCGUGCGGCGGAGGAGGAGAAGGUGGAGCAGAAGAUGUCUGAGAGCUGGGAGGAGAUCAGCAGAGUUUCCUCCUCUCCCACUCUGCUGCGACGAGGCCUGGAGGACGUGGUGCUGCAGCGAGUGGCCAAACAGCACAGAGGAGCUCUGUGUGAGCCGCCUCCAGCCUCCAGAGCAGAGGAGCAGGAGGCAGAGCCCAGGUCCAAGAGGCUGCAGCUGUGUGUGCUCACUCUGCAGGAGCGGCUGCAGCAGUUCUACCACAGCAGAGCGUGUCUCAGCCCAGAGGAGGUGCACAGGGCGCAGGCUCUGGCUCUGGACAUCUGCACCGAGCUCCAGGGGUUCCUCCGCUCCCGACACCCCGACAUGCCCCUGGGGGAGAUGCACAUCGCGGGGUCACUGCUGGACGACCUGCAGGUGGUGAGUGCGGACCACGCCUCUCUCCUGGUUCCUCUGCAGCUGGAGCCCUCUCUCUGGAGCCUGGUUCCUGGGGAAGAGACCCUCCUCACGCACCCUCUGCACUGGAUGGUCCGCCGGGUCAACCUGGAGUACUUCCCCCGCGGACGGAGCUACUGGGACAGACACCUGGUGGGAGGGUAUCUGUCGUCCGAGGCGCUGGUGACCAUGUUCAGCAAGUGUGUGAUGGAGACCAUGAACUGGCCGUCCAUCAGCAGCACCAUGGACUGUACGGUCAGACCAGUGCUGGGACCAGACCUGAGGCUGCAGAUCGAGGUGUCCUCUGACUGGGACUCUCCGCUGCUGAUCUCCAUGCUCCCUGUGGUGCGAGAGGCAGACGUCUCUCUCUGUGCCCAGCCCGCUCUCACCGCUCCCUGGGGUCACGCCUGGUGCCUGGCCCUGUACCCCUGGGAGACCCGGCGGCUGACCCAGCUGGACCAGACCGACUCCGGCUGCCGCAGACUCUUACUCAAGACCCUCAAAGCCGCCUGCAGACUCAACCCUGCUCUGCGUCCGCUACCGUCCGCCGCGCUAGCUAACCUGCUCCUCCACCUGAGCGAGAGCCAGACGGACUGGAGCGAGGCCAGUCUGGAGGCGCGCUUUCGUCAGUGCAUGGAGGAGCUGAUCGGGUUUCUGGAGCAAGGCGCGCUGAAUAGUUACUUCAAACCUGGCGUGAACCUUCUGAGCGGUCUGACCGAGGACCAGGUGGACCAGGUCAAAAUGACUCACAAGAAUUAA